AAUCUGGGUGGACCUGACGCUCUUAUUGUGAAGAACCUGGAGCGGAUGUGUACCUCGCGUCGCUGACAUAGAGGAAGCGUGGAGUGAAACAGCGUGUAAGUUAGAGAGAAGAGCUCCUGAAAACAUCGGAAUGGACAACGUUUGCAUCGACACUUUGAUCCUGAAGCUGCACGAUGUGAACGCGGUGAAGUUCGGGGAGUACAAGCUGAAGAGCGGCUUGAUAACUCCCAUCUACAUCGACCUCAGGGUGCUGGUGUCCCAUCCUGCUCUCAUGAACCAGGUGUCUAGUCUCAUCUACCAGCGAGUGCAGGAUGAAGGGCUGCAGUUUCACUCGGUGUGUGGGGUUCCAUACACAGCCCUGCCGUUGGCCACGAUCAUCUGCUCAAGACACGAACUGCCCAUGCUCAUCAGGCGAAAGGAGGCCAAGGAUUACGGAACCAAGCGGCUGGUGGAGGGAUCGUUUCGUGAGGGGGAUACAUGUCUGAUCAUCGAGGACACAGUGACCAGCGGCAGCAGCAUCCUGGAGACUGCUGAGGUUCUCUACAAGGAGGGACUGAAGGUGACGGACGCCAUUGUACUAAUGGAUAGAGAGCAGGGCGGUGUGGAGAUGUUGGCCUCGAACGGAAUCAGGCUCCAUCCCGUCAUCUCCCUGUUCAAGCUGCUCAAUGUGCUGGUGGCAGCUGAGCGCAUCGACGCCCAAACCGCCCAGAGCGUCCGCAAAUUCCUCCUGGACAAUAACACUUUCAGCUCCAAAAAGGAGAACGGCCAUGAUGCUCCUGCCACCAAGAAGACGUGCGUGGAGCAGAACCUGGAGCUCAGUUAUGGCGAUAGAGCCAAGCUAGGAAAUAUUCACCCUCUUGCAUCAAAGCUGCUGAAGAUCAUGGAGGAGAAGCAGUCUAACCUCUGUGUGUCGGCCGACGUGACCAGCAGCGAGGAGCUGCUCCAGCUGGCUGAGUCUCUCGGUCCGAAGAUCUGCAUGCUGAAGACACAUGUAGACAUCCUGAAGGAUUACACAGGGGCCUUCAGCCAGGAACUACAGGCUUUAGCCGAGAAACACAACUUCCUCAUCUUUGAAGAUCGUAAGUUUGCUGAUAUUGGAAACACAGUCAAGCAUCAGUAUGAAGGUGGUAUGUACCAGAUCUCCUCGUGGUCCCACAUAGUGAAUGCCCAUGCGGUGCCGGGGCCUGGGGUAGUGAAAGGUCUGAGCGCUGUAGGGAAGCCUCUGGGCCGAGGCUGUCUGCUCAUUGCACAAAUGAGCUCCCAGGGCUCACUGGCUACUGGUGAUUACACAAAGGCUGUGCUGCAGAUGGCGGAGGAGAACUCUGACUUUGUGAUUGGGUUCAUCUGUGGCUCAAAGAUCGCAAAGAGGCCAGAGUUCAUCCACAUGACCCCUGGGGUGCAGAUGAAGGCUGGAGGAGACCUGCUGGGCCAGCAGUACACCACCCCCGAGGAGGUCAUCUACAACAAAGGCUCUGAUGUCAUCAUCGUGGGACGAGGCGUCUUGGAGGCCUCUGAUAGGCUGGAAGCGGCUGAGUCAUACAGAAAGUCGGGCUGGGAUGCUUACACUAAGAGAGUCGCCAAGAGCGGCCAGUAGGAGCUCAGGAUCUGCGUCAUUCAUUUCAAAUUUCAACUACAACUCUGACGAGGAACGUCUCCGGAAGAGCUGCAAGUAUUUUCAAGAAACUCCAGACAGAAAGUUAGAUGUGUUACCAUUGUACACGUCUGCACAGCGCACUGCCACAUGAAAAUACACACCUACUCCUACACAAACACACGGUCUGCUAACAUUUCCAAAGGGUACUUGGGAGGUGUGGGGACGUAGACACUUUACUGUUGAACAAAUGUGUUCUUAAAUCUGUCCAGUUAUCAAGCUGCUUGAAACAUAAUUUUGAUUCCUUCCUGUUGAUGAUUUAAAUGUGAUUUUUUGAUUCCUUCCUCGUAUUGAGAUGCACAACUUGACCUAGUAUUCAAUCUACAAAUCUAGGUCAUGGCACUUGGUAUAGUUAGUUGUUUUCUUAUAUCAAAAAUGAUGACUAACUGUCCCCUUAGCAUUUGUGUCGUGAAAGCAAGUGUCAUUCCCUCAAGAAAGACUACUGCUUCCAGUUGAGAUGAAACUUUACUCUUCCUGUGUUUUGUAUAACUGCUGAAACACUAGACCAGCUUUUAUUGCACAAAUAAGCGUGGGUGUGGAUAAUACUUUUAAUAAUUUUUAGAUUACAGUGAAAUUCUGAGUAUUUUACAGCACACAGAGGGGAUGAUAUUUUUGACAACACAUGCAUACUAAUGGCUGCAAUCAUUGUUUUCUGUACACAAGAAAACACUGAAAGUUCGAUUUGUGACAGUUCAGUUACUACAUGCAGUGAAGCAGCUUCGUAUUUGACUGGUUUUCUUAUUGAUUUACCUGAUGAGUAUUACAUUUCUUUUCUUGGAGUGACUUUAUUUAGCCGUUCCCUCCAUGUAAUGUCUUUCUAUGACUACAAAUUGAAAUCCAAUGACUGUUUUGUAAUGUGGCGCACAAAUAAAUCUUAUGUUUUGAAA